AUCAUCAUCUAUUGGGAAUUGUGAACCCUGCAGAAAGCAGCUCAUUGUAUUUUCAGAAAAAGGUUUUUGUUUAAAAAAUAAUAAAGAACAAAAAUCACCAAGUGGCGUCUGUAUGGAAAAAGCAAUCUAGUCUGAGAUUCUAAGGCGAGUCUCUUUGCCGCAUUAAUCUUUCCUCGCAGAUUUUAUGUAAGAGGCAUUAUUUGCAGGAAAACAAGACAGGAUUUUAAAGAACUCCCCUCUCAUCCCAGUUUCCCAUCUGCAGUUAUAAUUCUCUGAUUGUGACCUCUGCAUUAGUUGCCAUGGAUGCUGAGCAGAAGUUUAUGACCUCAGGGUGGAUUGUAGCUUCAGGAGGGUGAGAUGAAGCCUCCGGCAAUAAAGAGCUAAUAGGAAGAAGGCAGUGUCAGCAAUGACCCUUCGGUGGUGUGCACUCUACAGUUAACGGAGCACUUUCAUUUCCACUUCUGGCUGCUUCGAGGAAGAGGGUGCUGGACCCUGGCCAUGGGAACACAGGCGGGCAAAGGACUGCGGAUUCUUUUUGUCUCUUGGACCUCAGUUUCCUGAGAGGCUGGGCUGGGUGCUCCAAGCGCCCUCGGAGCGAAUCUGCCAGAAUUUCAUGUCUUUUCUUAAACUGAUGGCAUCUUCAGGCCAGAGUCAGUGGAGUCGGCCGCUGGUGCGGCUUCCUUGCCCUCGGGCUGUCCAGGUGCUUCCCUGGGGCAGCCGCCUCCAGGCCUCUGCGGCAGGCAGUGGCGCUCCGGGUCCCGCAGACCUUUACCUCCCCGCGGAAGCAAACACGCCGGGCAGAAGAGCCGGGCCAGCCUUCCUGGGAUGCAAAAAUACAAUAGAGGGCGCCGAACCCACCAGCGCUCUGUCUUUCAAUAUUAAUGUAUGGGCUGGCUCCAGACCUCCAAGUGCCUUAAAAAUGCCUCUGGAAAUCUGGCAUUUUUAAAAGUUUGCGCCCCAUGAAGAGGAAAUAUUCCAAAGGCACUUGGGAUGUAAAAGCAGAGAUCUUCACAGAUGUCUCCAUGGAUGGCAUGCCAAUCUAUCCAUCAAUGAGAAGACCAUGAUUUCUUUUAAUUUCGUGUGUGUUUCCACAUUCCCCAGCGAGAAUUCUUCCACUUUUUUUGGUACCAUGGGAAAAACCUGAAGGGCAGGCAGAGUUGCUCCCGAACUUGUGAACUUCUGUGAGGUUGCAGCAGCUCUUGCAGAACAUGACUUUUGGACAUUGCUUCCUUUUGUUUCCUUUCGGAGCUGAACCAAAGAAUGUACUUCCUCUUUCUCUAGUGCUUUGGUGUCUGCUUCUUUCUGUAUUUGUGCGUUUUGUCCAUCUUAUAUAAUCACAAGACAUCCUUAAGGUUUUCCAGCACAAUUUGCAAACAUCCAGACUUCUGGGGGCCCAUCCAUGGCUCGGUAAGCCCAGGGCACUGGUGCUACCAUGAGGCACUGCGUUAACUGCUGCAUACAGCUGUUACCCGACGGCGCACACAAGCAGCAGGUCGACUGCCGAGGGGGCCCCCAUCACGGUCACCAGGUGUGCCCCACGUGCAAAGGAGAAAACAAAAUUCUGUUUCGUGUGGACAGUAAGCAGAUGAACUUGCUUGCUGUUCUCGAAGUGAGGACUGAAGGGAACGAGAACUGGGGUGGGUUUCUGCGCUUCAAGAAGGGGAAGAGAUGUAGCCUUGUUUUUGGACUGAUAAUAAUGACCUUGGUAAUGGCUUCUUACAUCCUUUCUGGGGCCCACCAAGAGCUUCUGAUCCCAUCACCUUUCCGUUAUGGAGGCUUCCCCAGCAACCCCAGCUUGAUGGACAGCGAAAACCCAAGUGACACAAAAGAGCAUCACCACCAAUCCUCUGUAAAUAAUAUUUCAUACGUGAAGGACUAUCCAAGCAUUAAAUUAAUUAUCAACAGCAUCACAGCCAGGAUUGAGUUCACAACCAGACAGCUCCCAGACUUAGAAGAUCUUAAGAAGCAGGAGUUGCAUAUGUUUUCAGUCAUCCCCAAUAAAUUCCUUCCAAACAGUAAGAGCCCCUGUUGGUAUGAGGAGUUCUCGGGGCGGAACACCACCGACCCCUACCUCACCAACUCCUACGUGCUCUACUCCAAGCGCUUCCGCUCCACCUUUGACGCGCUGCGCAAGGCCUUCUGGGGCCACCUGGCGCACGCGCACGGGAAGCACUUCCGCCUACGCUGCCUGCCGCAUUUCUACAUCAUCGGGCAGCCCAAGUGCGGGACCACGGACCUCUACGACCGCCUGCGGCUGCAUCCCGAGGUCAAGUUCUCCGCCAUCAAGGAGCCGCACUGGUGGACCCGGAAGCGGUUUGGAAUCGUCCGCCUAAGAGAUGGGUUGCGAGACCGCUACCCUGUGGAAGAUUAUCUGGACCUCUUUGACCUGGCAGCACACCAGAUCCAUCAAGGACUGCAGGCCAGCUCUGCAAAGGAGCAGAGCAAGAUGAAUACAAUCAUUAUUGGGGAGGCCAGUGCCUCCACGAUGUGGGAUAAUAAUGCCUGGAUGUUCUUCUACGACAACAGCACGGAUGGCGAGCCGCCGUUUCUCACCCAGGACUUCAUCCACGCCUUCCAGCCCAACGCCAAGCUGAUUGUCAUGCUCAGGGACCCUGUGGAGAGGUUGUACUCAGACUAUCUCUACUUUGCAAGUUCGAAUAAAUCUGCAGAUGACUUCCAUGAGAAAGUGACAGAAGCGCUGCAGCUGUUUGAAAAUUGCAUGCUUGAUUAUUCACUGCGCGCCUGUGUCUACAACAACACCCUCAACAACGCCAUGCCUGUGAGGCUCCAGGUCGGGCUUUAUGCUGUGUACCUUCUGGACUGGCUCAGCGUUUUUGACAAGCAGCAGUUUCUCAUUCUUCGCCUGGAGGAUCAUGCAUCCAAUGUCAAGUACACCAUGCACAAGGUCUUCCAGUUUCUGAACCUAGGGCCCUUGAGUGAGAAGCAGGAGGCCUUGAUGACCAAGAGCCCCGCAUCCAAUGCACGGCGUCCUGAGGACCGGAACCUGGGGCCCAUGUGGCCGAUCACACAGAAGAUUCUGCGGGAUUUCUACAGGCCCUUCAAUGCUAGGCUGGCGCAGGUCCUUGCUGAUGAGGCGUUUGCGUGGAAGACAACGUGAGAGCUGAACUCGUGCUGCACGUGCUGGGCCCGUCUGUGCUGUCAUCGCCAGGAUUUUACAAAUCUCUCUUUGUGGGGAAUUGUUUCACUCACGGUGUGGAGAACCCCAGGACUCCACCACUCUAGGCACACAUCAAUUAGAACCAUUUUGGAAUUUCCUUUGUGAUGUUCAAGAGCUCAGCAAUGGACCCCUCACAGAGCUUUUCUGUCUGAGGCCAGCAGAGACCCCAGUUUCUCAAGAAUCCAGCUCUGCUCCGAGAGUCUCCUGAAGCGUGGGGAGGCAUAUAGCUUGCCCUGCACUGGGCGUGGAGAGAACACCUGGGGAGGCAGCCCGGCCUGCCCUGCCCGCCUCCGCCUUCUGGAGAGCCUGAGUCUGGGUGCUGAGUCAGCACGCCAGAGGUCACGCCACAGGUCAUGGCCUGGCUGGAACUCACACUUCACAUUCGCUUCUUUUCCCCCUAGAGAUGGGGUCUCGCCGUGUUGCCCAGGCUGUCUAUAUUCAGUGGCUAUCUUCACAGGUGUCAUCAUAUCACAUUCACUUCUGAAACACUCUAGUUGAGAUCGCAAAACUCAUUGGGACAGAGAACUGCAGUCUUUCGAGAAUGGAGGCUCUUCCUUUUUUUUUUUCUCCUUUACUCCAAAGUCAGCCCUGCAGUUUCUUCAGAUGUAAACCCUGUUACCUUACUGUUUCCAAAAGGGAAAAAAUAAGUCAGUUUUUGGCAGCACCAUCAUCUCUCUGACCUGUCCUGUCCUGUGGACUUUACUUAUGUUAACACAGAAAAUGAAUGCAUUUAAAACAAACCACUUUCUGCAUUUGACCAGCCCUCGCUCGCUCUCUGCUGCUCUUUAUACUUUCUCUCAAGAAACUCAGUUUAUAAUUGGAAGGGAAAUUUUUACUGUUAAUGCCAGAAUGAGCAACCUCAAGGAAUUGAACACUUCAUGGAAAAUCUAGGUAAUUCAAGCCCUCAUCAGGUUUAUAAGAUCUUCAGAGAAACAGAGGAUUUUAAUCUUUAGUUCUGGCCGGCUGCAGGCUCCAUUUCUCUGCCUUCCCAUUGGGAAGAGUUUAUUUCCACAUUCUCUACUACAUGUGGUCAAAGUUCCUCACCCAGCUAAAGGACUGCAGAUACUCGUGUCCCCAUUCUGAAACACGGUGCACAAGCUGAGCUUGGGCUGAACACGGCAUAUUGAGAUUUGGAAUGAGAUUUCUAAGAGCCGUGUUCUUCAUGGAACUUUGCAGGCUACUUGGCAGCUUGGUUUACCACUGGAGGGGCUAGAGGUCUUGUCAUGUCUUGGAAGUCAUGGGGAAGACUAAGAGAAGGCUUGAGCAUCCUUGGCAACAGCCCAGGUGGGACCUGGAUGAAGCUUUGCACUCAAGUGUUGUCAAGGGAAGCUUCCUGUGAACCAAAGUUCCCAGGCCAAGAUCUCAUCCACCAAAGCCAGAAAGGGCAAGCACCUGUCUCCCGAACUCUAACUUGUACGUGUGAGACAGACUGGGCUUCGGGGCUGGGAGGAUCUGCAGUCACUCCGUCCCCUCCUGGUGCUGUUGUCUUUCUGCCAUUGGAGAAGGGAUGCACAGCCUGUUUGAAGGCCUGCAGAGGGCGCAGAGCCAGGGUGGUCGGGGCUGUUUCUGCUACUGAAGGUGCUGUGUGUCCUUUAUGCCCACCGGCAGGGACAGUUCCCUGCUCCUCUAUAGGCGGCACUGGGAGCAGCCACCAGCAGGGAAACCUGGCUUGAGCACAAGGAUGCUUCAGGGAGAGAUCACUUCAGUGUGUGUGUAUAUUUAUUUGCAGUACAGAGAGAGUGCGUGUGUGCGCGUGUGUGCUCGUGUGGGUGGGUGCAUCUUCUGAGUGGGUUCUGUUCAGUUGCUGAUGAGGCUCCUCCACUCUGGACACAACCCUUUAUAGAUUAAUUUCUCUGCCAAUUAACUUGUCAUUUUCAGUACAUAUUUUACUAUUCCAUACCAACCAUAAUUACAACAAGGGAUUUUUCUUAUGCACUCCUAUGCAUGUGAAUAACAUGUGGUGUAAUUCUGCUUCUUACAGAAGUAUUACUGAAGGUAUUAUUUCCAAUAUUAUUUGGUUUAUUAUGCGGAUCUUUUUUAUAUAUGCAGGCCCAUCCCUUCUGUGCCAAUCAAUGCCAUCCAGACAUGGUCUUUCCCUCCAGGAGCCUUUCUUAGAGGGCACAUCUGCUGCCUCUGCUUCCUCUGGUUCGAGGCCCGGCUCUUGCUGACAGCACAGGUUCCGUUCUGGGCGGUGGUUCUCGAGCCUGCCAUUCAAAACCAAAGUGAAUUGGAGCAUUUCUCACGACGUGGUAUUGAAGUUCCUUUGUGUUCUCAAAAGCUGUGUACCAGAUUGUGUUAAAUUGUACUCCCUUAGUCCUGUAAAGUACGUUAAGUGAACCGCAGUUAUGCUGUACUUUUAUUAAUAUUUAACAUAAUUAAAGAUGGAUCCAUAUGAGUGAUGCCUGCAGGGCGCGUGCUCUUCCUCUGCA